GUAGUGUGAACCACCUUAUUAUGCGUAAGAUGUGAUUCUUUUCUUAAUUUAUUUCUUUUUUACUAUUUUAUAAAUUAUAAUCUAUUUCAAUUAAUAAAUUAUUUAUUUAUACUAAAAUAGAAAAUCUCAUUUAAUUUUUAAAUAUAUUAUUAAGAUAAUUAAUUAUUUUCAUAGACCAGCAUAUAACAUAUCAUUGAUAAAAUACAUCUUAACAUUUAUUCAUAACUAUAUAUUUUAAAUAAAAAUAAAGUUUUUGUGUUUAUUUAUCUUUUACAUAAUAUAAUAUGUUAAGUGAUUAUGAAUUCUUUAAAGAAAACUUAUUAAUUUUACAUUUAUAAUUUUAUAUGUAUAAAAUAAAUAUAAUUUAUUAAUAAAUUAAUUAAAUAUUAAAAAUUUAAAUUAAAAUUUCAAUAAAUAAGUAAAUGUUAAUGUGAUUAUAUUUAGAAAUUUAUUAAAAUUUAUUUAUUAUUAUUUUCAUUUUAAAAUUUUAUUAUAUUUAAACCGGAUAUCCGAUAUGCGCACUCUAGUGUUCACUAAGGUGAUGAACGUUCUUUCUGUUCAUGGCUUGUGAUUUCUUGUCACAAUGAAGCUGAACGUAUCUUAUCCUGCAACAGGAUGUCAGAAACUAUUUGAAAUCUCAGAUGAACAUAAACUUAGAAUUUUUUACGAAAAGCGCAUGGGCGCUGAAGUUGAGGCUGAUGCUUUAGGUAACGAAUGGAAAGGAUAUGUUGUUCGCAUUUCUGGUGGUAAUGACAAACAAGGAUUUCCUAUGAAACAAGGUGUUUUAACAAAUGGACGUGUUCGUUUAUUACUUUCAAAAGGACAUUCAUGCUACAGACCUAGACGUGAUGGCGAGCGUAAACGUAAAUCUGUUCGUGGAUGCAUUGUUGAUUCUAAUCUCUCAGUACUUGCACUUGUUAUUGUCAAGAAAGGAGAAAAAGAUAUUCCAGAUUUAACUGAUAAAGAUGUUCCACGACGCUUGGGACCUAAAAGAGCAAGUAAAAUUCGUAAACUGUUCAAUUUAUCUAAAGAAGAUGAUGUACGUCGAUUUGUUGUAAAACGACCAAUUCAGAAAGAAGGAAAACCAGCACGUUCUAAAGCUCCCAAAAUACAACGCCUUAUUACCCCACUUACUUUGCAGAGAAAAAGACAUCGAUUAGCUUUGAAGAGAAGGCGUAGCUUGGCUCGCAAACAACAAGCAGCUGAAUAUGCAAAAUUAUUGGCACAAAGACAAAAAGAAGCAAAAAAUAGACGUCAAGAAGAAUUAAAACGAAGACGCAGUGCUUCUAUGCGGGAUUCUAAAUCGUCCAGUCAAUCAGCACCUACCACUCAAAAAUGAAAUGAUUACAAUGAUGUAUUUACAAUUAAAUAAAAAAAUUUUAAUUUA